GAAUACAUAAAGAACAAUCUGAAGCCCUUGUUAGAAAAUAUCGGUGAUAUACUUGGAGAUUUGCCCUUAGUCCAGGCUGAGCUGUUACUUAUUUCCGAAGAGCCCGUUGAUGUGCCUUCCAACAUCACCGUCGAGAAAAAGAAACUGAGCGGACAGAGUAACACUAUACUGUUUAUUGGAGCUAAUCUCCUUGGUAGGCCUGAGCUUUUACAACAAGCAAUCAGCACCCUCCGUGAAAAGGCCUUCGUCAUUAGUCGCGAAAAGGAACGCCCCAACCCUAAGGAUUACUCUGACAAAUACGACAUUGUUACCAUUCAAGACACAGGCUUCGAAUACAUUGUAUUGGUGAGAAAACGCGUGGGAGCCAGACCAGCCAAGUUCGUCAGGAUCUUAGCUUCUGAUGAUACUUUCCCAUGGAUCGACAAAGUCAAGGAGGAAAUCAAAGAAGGCCAGAAAGUGGUCCUAUACACACAAGAUGAACAUAUCAACGGUCUCUUAGGAUUAGUGAACUGUUUGAGGAAGGAGCCUGGCGGUGAGAUUGUGUAUGGUCUUCUUAUUGCUGACCCAUCAGCUCCUCCAUUUAACCCUGAUUUGAAAUUCUAUGAAGACCAGCUAACUAAAGUUUUGGCUCUAAAUGUGUUUAAGGAUGGCCAAUGGGGUACCUACCGUCAUCUUCUCUUGGACGAUUUGGAGACAGUUCGUGCCAACCAUGCCUAUAUCAAUAUCCUUACCAUCGGAGAUCUUUCUUCACUGAAAUGGAUAGAAGGUAACAUCGACGCCAACCAUGUGUUCCAGGAUAAGGAAACGCUACUAGUCCAUGUAUAUUGUGCAGCGUUAAACUUCCGUGAUGUCAUGACAGCCAUUGGUCGUGUCACAGUGGAUGCUGUCGAUCGUGGUCGUCUUGCGCAAGAGUGUGUGCAGGGUAUAGAAAUUGUCGGAAAAACCGCCAACGGUACCCGUGUUAUGGGUAUGGUUUGCAACCGUGGUAUUACUAACUUGGCUGAGGGACAGAAAGACAUACUGUGGCCUGUUCCUGAUGAGUGGACCUUCGAAGAAGCCGCUACUGUCCCUGUUGCCUACGGAACUGUCUACUACGCUAUGAUCAUGUUUGGGCAACUGCGUCGUGGCGAGUCCGUCCUCAUUCAUGCAGGUUCUGGAGGAGUAGGUCAGGCCGCCAUCAAUGUGGCGCUCCAUUACGGGUGCGAGGUUUUCAUCACUGUCGGUACCGCGGAGAAGAGAGCAUUCAUCAAGAAGCUGUUUCCUCAGCUAAAAGACAGCCAUAUCGGUAACUCCCGUGACACUUCUUUCGAGGACAUGAUUAGUCGUGAAACGAACGGCAAGGGUGUCGACAUGGUGCUCAACUCUUUGUCUGAUGAUAAACUACAGGCGUCAGUCCGUUGUCUUGCGUUCCGUGGCCGGUUUCUCGAAAUCGGCAAAUUCGACAUCACAAACAACACUUCCAUCGCCAUGUAUUUCCUCUCGAAAGAAAUUACCUUCCAUGGCAUCAUGUUGAAUUACAUCUUCAACCUGGAGCCGGUUAUCAAAAAGCGCUUCCAAGACCUUUGCCUACGUGGCAUCGUAAACGGUGCCAUCAAACCUUUAACUUACUGCUCCUUUAAGGCCAACGAAGUGGAAAAUGCCUACCGUUACAUGGCUGCUGGCAAACAUAUCGGGAAGGUAAUUAUCAAGAUUCGUGAAGAAGAGCAGAGCAACGGUCAACUCAGACCCGUAGCAAUGCCCAUAGAUGCUAUACCUAGAUAUAUUUGCCACAAGGACCUUGUAUAUGUAGUGAUCGGCGGACUCGGUGGCUUCGGUCUAGAGCUGGCUGACUGGCUCAUCAUGCGAGGCGGCAGAAAGAUCCUGCUGACGUCCCGCAGAGGUAUCACUAAUGGAUACCAGUCGUCGCGAUUGAGGGCCUGGGCAUCAUAUGGUGCAGAUGUCCAGAUUUCGACACAUGACGUCACCACUGAGCCUGGCUGCGAGGAAAUGCUCAAGAUGGCGCUCAGCAUGGGACCUGUGCAUGCUAUUUUCAACUUGGCUGUUAUCCUGAAGGACUCCAUUUUCCAGAACCAAACUUCUGAGACCUUCAAGACAUCGUUCGCGCCAAAGGCUCUUGCUACCAUGCAUUUAGAUAAACUAUCGAGGAAGCUGUGCCCAGACUUGAAGGAUUUUGUGGUCUUCUCGUCUGUAUCCUGUGGACGUGGUAAUGCUGGUCAAACCAACUACGGCUACUCCAACUCCGUGAUGGAGAGGAUCUGUGAAUGGAGGAAGAAGCUCGGCCUCCCAGCCCUUGCUGUGCAAUGGGGCGCUAUUGGUGAUGUUGGUCUGAUAGCUGACAUGCAGAAUGAUGACGUCCAACUUGAGAUCGGAGGAACUCUGCAUCAGAGGAUAUCUUCCUGUCUGACUGCUCUCGACAAGUUCAUGAAGCAGGGUGCUCCUAUCGUGUCUUCUAUUGUGGUGGCUGAGAAGAAGACUGGUUGCGAAGGAUGUGGCAAUGCAUUAGAUGCAGUCGCUCAGAUUAUGGGUAUAAAGAACUUAAAGACAGUGUCGCAGCAAGUCUCCCUGGCUGAUUUGGGUAUGGACAGUAUGAUGGCUUUGGAGAUCAAUCAAAUAUUGGAGAGAGAGUUCAAGAUUUUUCUCACGGCUCAAGAUGUUAGAACGUUGACAUUCGCCAGGCUACUAGAGCUAACAGCACUGCGCAAACCUAUAUCUUCAGCCUCAAACUCACGUCUCACUAAUGAUGAAGGGGCUGUCGGACUUCGCGUACUGAUAAGAAAUUUUGGUGAUGAAAAAACUGUCUCAAAGCCAAUUGUCUACAUGCCUUCCAUGGUAAGCCAUGGAGUCGAGGUACCGGAGCAUAUGAUAUUCAUGUUACCUGGGCUAGACAGUAAUGCAGCACAACUGGAGCCACUCUGCAAGAGAUUGAAGGUUAAGGUCUGCGUGCUGCAGCUUGGAGUGGAGCACAAGAACGAGAACAUGCACCAGAUGGUCAACAGGUUGUACCAGAUAGUGAUUCCAAUGUUAAAACCUGGUUGUCCAUUCUGGCUCCUCGGAUACAGUUACGGUACUCUACUCGCCUUGGAAUUGGCUUCCAGACUGGAGAAGGAAGGUUACAAGGGAACAAUAUUCUGUUUAGACGGUGCUCCAGAAUUCGUCUACGCUCUCGUCACGAAGACUAUAAGUGUUACAAGCGACUUUCAACUGCAAAACAGUUUGUUAUGUCACACAAUGAGGCUUGUCGCCCCCAAUGUUGACGCCACCAGAGAACUUAUGGAGAAACUUAACAACAUUGAAUCUUUUGAAGAAAAAAUUGCAUUAACAGUCAGGAUGUCUCCAUUACAAGACAAAUACUCCGAUAAAUUCUUGACAAAGCUUGCCCAAGUUUCCUUCGAUAGGCUAAAGACCAUCCUCGACUAUGACCCGAAAGCUUUCAAGAAGCUACAGUCUCCAAUUGUCCUUCUUCGUCCCAAAGAGAACCCGUCCUUCGUGGCUUUAGAAGAGAACUAUGGACUUGACAAGUACACAGAGAACAAUGUCACCGUACACUUCUUGGGGGGUAACCACGUCUCUAUCAUUGAGAACAAGGACUGUGCUGACAUCAUCAACAGCGUUUUGGCUGAGAUUGAAAGACAGGAGAAUUAAACAAUAGAUAAUGUAGUCACUAGCAUUCUUAGCAAAGUGAAAGAAGACAAUGUCAAUCAUAAGUCCAAAUCUAUAUUGCAAAUAGUAAAAAACAGUCUUAGAAAUCCAUUUUUAGAAUUAGACCAUGUUCUUCGGAUGUUGUUACAAGUAUUAUCUAUGUAUGUUUUGUAACCACUUCAUUGAUGAGAUACAAACGCACUAACUAGCAAUAAAACAGUUUUAAAUUUUACU